UCCAUUUUAAGAUCGUCGAAAGUAGGAGGAUUACACAAAAAAAACGAGAUGCUAGCGAAACAAACGCCAUUAACAAAACAAAUGCUCUCCAAGCUAUUACAAACAAGCUCUUCAAAGCCGAAGCAGCUUAAGAAGAUCCAUGCUCUUGUACUAACAUCCGGUUUCUCUAUCAAGAACAGCCUCUUAACCCAGCUGUUAGAGAAUCUCACCCUCGUAGGUGACAUGUGUUACGCACGCAAGGUGUUCGACGAAAUGCACAAGCCGAGGGUUUUUCUCUGGAACACUCUUUUCAAAGGGUACGUCAAAAACAACCUACCGUUCGAAAGUGUCCUACUUUAUAAGAAAAUGCGUGAUCUUGAUGUCCGUCCUGAUGAGUUUACUUACCCGUUUUUGGUGAAGGCGAUCUCUCAGCUGGGUGUUUUGGUCCCCUGUGGCUUUGCCUUCCAUGCCCAUGUGGUGAAACAUGGUUUUGAGACUCUUGGGAUCGUUGCAACUGAGUUAGUGAUGAUGUACAUGAAGUUUGGUGAAUUGAAGUCGGCUCAGUUCUUGUUUGAGUCUAUGCAAGGCAAAGAUUUAGUGGCUUGGAAUGCGUUUAUUGCGGUUUGUGUCCAAACGGGAAACUCAGCUUUAGCUCUCGAGUGUUAUAACAAAAUGUGUGCGGAUGAUGCUGUUCUGUUUGAUUCUUUUACGGUUGUGAGUAUGCUUUCUGCUUGUGGUCAGCUAGGCUCUUUGGAGACUGGUAAAGAAGUUUAUGAUCGUGCGAGGAGAGAAGGUAUAGAUUGUAACAUAAUCGUCGAAAACGCAAGGCUUGAUAUGUUCUUGAAGUGUGGUAGCACUGAAGAAGCAAGGGUGCUGUUCGAAGAGAUGGAACAGAGGAAUGUUGUUUCUUGGAGCACGAUGAUCGUAGGAUAUGCAAUGAAUGGAGAUAGUGAUGAAGCCUUGGCACUGUUCAAUAUGAUGCAGAACCAGGGGAUAAGACCGAACUACGUGACGUUUCUCGGGGUCUUAUCUGCUUGUAGCCAUGCUGGACUAGUGGAUGAAGGGAAAAAGUAUUUCGGUAUCAUGGCUAGAUCGAGUGAUAAGAGUCUUGAGCCGAGGAAAGAGCAUUAUGCAUGUAUGGUUGAUCUAUUAGGACGCUCUGGUCUUCUAGAGGAGGCUUAUGAAUUUAUCAAGAGUAUGCCACUGGAACCUGAUGCAGGUAUCUGGGGAGCCUUGUUGGGUGCUUGUGCGGUUCAUGGUGAGAUUAAAUUGGGCCAGAAAGUAGCUGACGUUCUUGUAGAGACUUCUCCGGACAUAGGUGCAUAUCAAGUGCUGCUGUCUAAUAUAUAUGCAGCUGCUGGUAAAUGGCAUUGUGUUGACAAAGUAAGGAGUAAAAUGAGGAAGCUCGGCACUAAGAAGGUUGCUGCGUAUAGCUCAGUUGAAUUUGACGGCCAACUCCAUUAUUUCAAUAGAGGAGACAAAUCACAUCCGCAGACAAAGGCGAUAUAUGAGAAACUGGAGGAAGUUUUGAAGAAGAUAAGGAGCAUGGGGUAUGUUCCCCAGACUGGUUCGGUGUUUCAUGAUGUGGAAACAGAGGAAAAAGAAUCUUCUCUCAGCCAUCACAGUGAGAAGCUAGCGAUUGCAUUUGGACUUAUCAAUGGGAGAGUGGAAGAUCCUAUAAGGGUUAUGAAGAACUUGAGAACCUGUGAUGAUUGCCACGUUUUCGCCAAGUUUGUUUCCAGGGUUACUUCGAGAGACAUCAUCAUGAGAGACAAGAACAGGUUUCACCACUUCAGAAAUGGUGUUUGCUCUUGCAGAGAGUUCUGGUGACUUCACUUAUUCAUAUGUUCUGAUCGGUAAAAUAGUUCUGAUCAUCCACAGAUUUUGAAUGUAUCUGAAGACCAGUUUAUAACUAGACCAGUCUAUAAAACUUGGAUAUGGCAACAAAUUGUGAAGCUAUGGUUUCAUACUUAUGCAGUCAGAUGCCUCAAACAGAGACUCUAUUGAAUAAGAGUUGAAAAGCAUGGACGUGAAAAUAAGCACAAAAAGACAAAAAGCUUUCUCUUGAGAAAGACAGGACAAGAGACCUGAAUGAAACAGAGAGAUGGAGACAAAACAGAGAACAGAGGUUAUCACUUGUGAAGCAAGAACAUUUCUGCAACAAUGGUUUAUAGUUUUCAGUUUAGCAAAAUUAAGGUAAAUCCCCAUCCAUUAAAAGCUACUUGCUUUAAUUAGUAAAAAACACUUUGUAAAUUAUA